ACAUAUUUUACAAUUUGGAAAGCCUUGCCUUGUCACAGACACAAAGGCAUUCCUUAAGCCAUGAAGCCUUUGGGCUGAGUGUUGAGGUGUCAGAUGAUGAGACUGACAUGGACCAUAUCCUUUUAUCUAUAUGCACCAAACUGUCAGACAGCCAGAGUGUUGAGCGGACAGGAAUGGCCAUGUUGGAUGUGCAGAUCCUCAGUGGAUUUAUGCUCCGUCAGAGUGGCGUAGAGACCGAUGAUCUGGUGAAGAGAGUGGAGCUUCUCCCUGGGAGAGCUGUUCUGUAUCUGGAUUCACUGGGAGAAGCAGAGAAGUGUGUGGAGAUCCCACUAGUGAGAGCGUUCAAAGUGGCUCAUGUGCAACCAGCUCUGAUCCAAGUGUUUGAUUACUAUGAGCCUCGUAAGCAUUCACACUUUCAACCCGAAUAUUGA